GGCACAAGCCCUCGCGAUCUUCAAGGAAAAUCUCCAGCUGGGUUUUCGUUGUCGCAAUAUGGACGAAGUUACUCUUUGUCUUGCGAUUAAAGCAUGUCGUGGAGACUUGAAACGCGGUUGCCAAAUCCACGGGUUCUCCACAACUUCUGGGUUUACUUCUUUUGUCUGUGUUCAAAACGCUUUAAUGGGAUGAAAUCAACUGGAGUGGUUUUCGACGCAUUCACUUAUUCCACAGCUCUUAGCUUCUGUGUAGGCUCUAAAGGAUUUCGUUUAGGCUUGCAGUUGCAAUCUACGAUGGUGAAAUCCGGACUGGAGUCUGAUCUUGUUGUUGGAAAUUCGUUUAUUACAAUGUAUUCGCGGUCUGGAAGUUUCAGAGGAGCUAGGAGAGUUUUUGAUGAAAUGCCGCUUAAAGAUAUGAUUUCAUGGAACUCUUUAUUGUCAGGACUUUCUCAAGGAGGCAAUUUCGGGGUUGAAGCAGUGAGUGUCUUUAGGGACAUGAUGCGGGAAGGUGUGGAGCUUGAUCAUGUGUCUUUUACUAGCGUGAUUACAACUUGUUGUCACGAAACUGAUCUGAAGCUGGCUAGGCAAAUCCAUGGUUUGUGCAUAAAAAGAGGUUAUGAAACACUUGUGGAAGUUGGUAAUAUUUUGAUGUCAAGGUACUCGAUGUGUGGGGUUUUAGAAGCUGUGAAAUCAGUGUUUUACCAAAUGACUGAGCGGAAUGUUGUCUCUUGGACAACGAUGAUUUCCGCGAAUAAAGAUGAUGCUGUGUCCAUCUUUCAUAAGAUGCGAUUAGAUGGAGUUUACCCAAACGAGGUCACAUUUGUUGGAUUAAUCAAUGCCUUGAAGUGCAAUGAGCAAAUCAAAGAAGGGCUUAAAGUUCAUGGGCUAUGCAUGAAGACUGGUUUUGUUUCAGAACCAUCUGUAGGCAACAGUUUCAUCACCAUGUAUGCCAAGUUUGGUGCUCUGGAAGAUGCCAAGAAGGCUUUCGAUGAUAUAACUUUUCGGGAGAUUAUUUCCUGGAAUGCUAUGAUAUCUGGAUUUGCCCAAAAUGGAUUCUCACAUGAAGCUCUCAAGAUGUUCUUAUUAGCAGCAGCGGAAACAAUGCCAAAUGAAUACACUUUCGGAAGUGUCUUGAAUGCAAUUGCUUUUGCAGAGGAUAUAUCUGUAAAGCACGGUCAGCGUUGCCAUGCUCAGAUACUGAAAUUGGGUUUAAAUAGUUGUCCUGUUGUUUCAAGCGCGCUUCUUGAUAUGUAUGCCAAGCGUGGGAACAUAAAUGAAUCUGAGAAAGUCUUUAACGAGAUGUCUCUAAGGAACCAAUUUGUUUGGACAUCGAUAAUAUCAGCUUAUUCAAGCCACGGUGAUUUUGAUUCAGUGAUGCAAUUGUUCCACAGGAUGAAAAAAGAAAAUAUAGCACCAGACCUAGUCACUUUUCUCUCUGUGUUAACAGCUUGUAAUAGAAAAGGUAUGGUAGACAAAGGGUAUGAGGUUUUCAACAUGAUGAUGAAAGACUACAAUCUUGAGCCGUCUCAUGAGCAUUACUCAUGUAUGGUGGAUUUGCUUGGCCGAGCUGGGAGAUUAAAAGAAGCAGAGGAGCUUAUGAGUGAGGUUCCUGGAGGACCAGGAGAGUCGAUGCUGCAGAGCAUGCUGGGGUCUUGUAGGCUGCAUGGGAAUGUGAAAUUGGGAGCAAAAGUGGCUGAGCUUGCAAUAAAGAUGAAACCGGAAUUGUCGGGUUCUUACGUUCAGAUGUAUAACAUCUAUGCAGAGAGAGAAGAGUGGGAUAAAGCUGCAGAAAUUAGGAAAACGAUGAGGAAGAAAAAUGUAAGUAAAGAAGCUGGAUUCAGUUGGAUCGAUGUUGAUGAAACCGAAGGGUCUUGUUUAACGAUGCAAGGUUUCUCUUCAGGUGAUAAGUCUCACCCAAAAUCUGAUGAGAUUUAUAGUAUGGUUGCAAUUAUUGGGUUGGAGAUGAAUUUAGAGGUGAAGGUUGCAGUUUAGGUCUCUUAUUCGGAGUUCUAAAAAGUAGUUGUUAUAGAUAACAAAAUUAGAGAUAUUUAGCUAUACAGGUUUAUAAGAACUCGCUCACAGUGUGGUUUUCCAUUUUAUUUUUGCAUUGCACAUUGGUUUUGUAAGGACCAUGGUCGCUUUAGCAUGGUUCUCUGAUUUUGACCGCAUUGACCGGGUUUGAUUGAUUAAUUGAGUACUGUAAUGUUUGAUA